CGUUUUCCCUCCUCCCCCCCCCACCGCCGCUCGCAGUCGGUCGGAUUUACCGGCGAAGCGCCGCAAUUUGCUUAGCGGCGGCGGUGCCUGUUUGUCAGUUGUUACACGACCCCUCCCCCGGCUUCCAGCCGCGAGCGACCGAGGCUGCGAUACAUUCAACAAAUUAAGUGGAUGUGAGAAUCGACGGCUUCGAUUCCAAUUUACGAUUUCGCACACGAUUCGAAUGCCGUGUAAGCUGACCUAGGUUGAGGAAAUCGAUUCGGGUUGGUUGUAACGCGAAACGUCGAUUCGAUCCGUUUGGGUGCCGCAAAUCACGCCCUCCGUUAUGUGUUAAAACACAUUUAUAAAUGUGAUGGGAAAUGUUUAAAAAUGUUACUCUUCGCCAAAAAGGCAGCUUCAUUCACGACGUAAACACAGUCAUACGUUUAUGAUGAAUCGCAGUUCGCCGUUGUGCCAAUUAUAUCGACACCAGGACUCAACUAGAACAAAUCUGUGAUUCCGUUUUGACGCUUAAAUAUUUAAUUCGGAUUAAUAAACAGUACAGUAGUGUUAUUAUCAUACGCGUGUGUUCGUGACUAAAGGUCGAGAAUUCCCCAAACGUAGGUCAUACAUGUAUAUAUUUUUGCAUGACUCCUAUCGCGCGACGCAACAUACGUGUUCAUCGUUUGCGUUACGAGUUCGUGAUUUACCUGCUGCUGCAAUGAAUACAGGUUGGUCGUGAACGCUGCUGGGUACGAUUGUCAACGUUCCUUAAAAUUGUUCGUAAGCAGGGACGCGGUUCCGGUGAGUACGACCCUCUGGCCCAGGUGGACAGCCAGGAGAGCGGGGACGAGGAGGAAGACGAGGAGGAGGACCAAGACGAGAGGAUCGAGGGCGCCGCCAAGCAGUCGCGCGGCAACAGCAAGACCAACGGCAGCGCCGUUCCGCGAGCCAUGGACACCUUCAACAACAACCAGCAGCCGCUGCAAGCUCAGGUGGCCAGUGUUAAGGAUAAUGAUGCCGCCGCCAAGGGACCGGCGCUCGACACCGCAAGCAACGUGGAACUGCGGCCCCUCCGCAGCGACGAGGCGGAUGCCAAUGGCCCUGGCGAUUUGCAGAACCCGCGCCAGCAGCAGAGCGGCGCGACGAGGGGCGACGCGGAGAGCGCACGCGGCACCGCCGACGGAAAGGGCCCGGCGCGGAACGAGAGCCGGAGUGGCCGCAUGCGCACGGCCGCCUUCAUCGUGGCGCUCUUCGUCUGCGUCCUGUCCGUGCUCGUCUUCGCCUUCUUCAUCCCGUGCCCCGUUGUGAUGCCCCCGCGUGCUGCCUGGGAGGUCGAGCUGCCGGCACAUGCGGAGACCGCCACCGCGUUGGCCAUGCUGCGCGUCAACAAGGACCCCACCACGGACGUGAUCGUAAUGUACCGCACUCUCAACGGCAGCGGUGACGCUGCAGCACGCUGCGUCAAAGCCGGGUUUGCCUCCGGGUGCACGGAGGUGAUGGCGGUGUCGGGCGUGGACGGGGCCCGGCUGUGGCGCCGCCCGCUGCACGGGAGGCCCAGCUCCUUGCGCUGUGACGGGAAACACGGCGGCUCCAAGGCGGAGAAAGGGCGCUGCCUGCUGUCGGGAGAAAUCGGACCGCUGCGCAGCGUUGUCGCGGAUAACGGGAAGGACAUCUGGGAGGCAUGGACGGGGGCGGAGGACGAAGCCCCCCGGGUGCUGACCCCUCCCCUCGAGGUCGGUGACCUCGAUGGGGACACGACCCCUGAUGUCCUCUUCUGGGUCGCGCCCUCUCUGACCUCAUCGCAGAAUGGUUCCUUCCUGCUCCUGUCCGGCUCGUCGGGGAAGCCGAUUGGUUCGGCCGUGUCACAUGCCAUCGCCCCGGGAGAGAAGCCGCUCCCCCUGCGGCUACUCUUCACGGCGCAUGGAGCCGCGUUCGUGCUCAUCGCGUCCGGUUGGGAGGUGCAGGCGCUGCCCCUGGCGGACAUUUACCUGCGCGCCGUCAGCACGGCCUCGCACUCCACCGUGGCCCCAACCCUGCGAACGCACGCCGCCACGUGGGCUGGCAUGGCCGACAACCUAACCGGCAUCGUGCUGGUGCAUCGUUCCAGUUUGGGUCCGAUAGAGGCCGUGGUGCCAAUCCCGGUGGGGGCGUGGCGUGGACACCCGGCCCUGCUCGUCGCCGCGGCUGGGAACGUCCGGCUGCUCAAUGCCUCCGGCCUGGAGACGCUGUGGGAGGUCUCCGUGUCUCGACUCCUCAGUCUGCCAGUGUACGGAUUCUUCAACAACGACAGCAUCCCGGAUAUCCUGGUGGAACACGAGUUGGGCCAAGGCCUCAUGCAGGUGUCCGUGCUGGACGGUUUGUCGGGCUCUGCGCUGUGGACGGCUGUGUUGGGAGCAAGCGGAAGCCGCGCUGCGGGGGUGUCCGUGCUCUCCGUGGUCGGCGGUGGGCGCGACGCCUUCGCGUUCUGGGGCCGCGGGGCGCCGGCUGACUCCGCGAAUGGCAGUGGCCCGGCCGCACAGAGCCCUGUCCACCAGCUCUACCUGCUGCACGGGGAGAUCGCUCACCUGCUCAUUCCCCUCGCCAACUCGUCGGGGCCCGUGGAAGGGCACGCCGCGACAUUGUGGGACAAGGAGAAAGACAUCGGAUACGCGUUUGUGGCCGCACCGAGUGGCGGCGGUGGUGACGGCAGUGACGGAGAUCCCCCUGGCGCGUUGCUGCGGCACUUCCGGUUCAGCGACGCCUUCGCAGCCCACGCGGAACCCGUGCCGGUUCCAGGGAUGAGGGGCCAGCCCGGGACGGAGGCCGGCGAGGGCCUUCAGGAGUGGCUCGGCCAUCUCCAGUUUCAGGCCGUGCGCGGUGACGAUGUCAUGUGAGCGAGAUGGACGACGUCGAGAGAUAUUCGAGACGACGUCUCCCAGCUGCCGAUCGCCAGCUCGCUGUCCCAUCGUUACCCCCUACUCGUGCGGUCCGCUCCACCCUGACAACCAUGAACUCGUGUGGAAAGUGUAGGGGGGGGGGGGGGCACGGAUAGCAUUAAACGAUUUUAAGCAACGGGAUGAUGAAUACGUAUAAGUGCGAACGACGCUGAAUCCGGCGCACGGUAACACGCCCGUUUUCCCAGAGGGCUUCGGUUAAAGCUGGCGGGGCAAUAGCUGCGGUCGGCUCGGAGCGCAUGUUAUAGCGAAUCGCGCCUGCAGGGUCACCGCCUCGCUCUUUCUUUGCUGACUUUUUGGCAGUGUCUCAAAGUUCAGUUGCGUGCGGUGAAAGUGAGCUCUGUGCGUCUAAUACGGGUGGCGGCUGUGAUUUUGGUUUUUCGUUUUGAUUUUGACGAGCGCCCCUUGUGACAGUGCAAGCGUUGUCAGUGGCGCCGAGUGGCGCACCCUGCGUGUUGGCUUCGCCGAGAUGGCGGGGGGUGGGGGGCGAUGACGGAUUGACCCGGAGGGAAAACGCUUGCAUUUGCCAAUAUUACUUGAAGUGCAUAACUGCCCUCCUGCCCCGAAUGUUCGCUCUGCUGUGCAUGCACACGCACACGCGCGCAUGCACGCGCACACAACAUUCUUUCUCGCUUCUGGCCUCCUUACACUGGGACAAGCUGCCCCUUGCACGUCAAACAAUCAGCCUCACUGUCCACUUUUCAUUCUUCCAUUCGCUUACCCCAAACUCCUCUUUUCCUCUGCCCUUCCCCAUCAUCAACUUCCCUACCCGUUCAACGCAUUCACUCGUCAUCAACCACGCAUUGUCACUCAUCAUCGUGUAUUUCACACAUACUCGUAUUCAUGUACUACCAUCCUCAUCAACUCAUCUCAUCGCACUGUUCUGCUGUACAAAUAGUGAAUUAUUUGUUCAUAUUAUGAAGCCACUGGAGCUAUGCACUUAUAAACGUAGGUUGAAAACUUUAUUUCUUUCGAAUUGCUUUUUUGUGUUUAGUUGUCCUUCCCCCGCACCUCUGAUUAGCACAGAAGUUCAAUGUGCAUAAAUCAAGGCACUAUAUAAAUUAAAAUAAGAUAACAACCCAGCAGCACCUCUACAUUCACACUUAAAACUGUUCCUGAGACCCCCAUUAACCAUUAAUGGAAUGGUUUCGUACGCCACGUAAUGAAAUAAUGAACAUUUGCUGGCGGGCCAAGGGACGUCAUGUCACCUGCGCGGGCAUUAUGAUGUCACGUGAUGUCAUGUCACAACGUGUGUAACAUGCGACUCCUAAGCUGUUCCUCAUCUCCACGCGUUUCACAACUCUUGUUUCUCACCCAUCUCUCCUGUCUACAGAUGCCUCAUCUCUAUCUCAUCUUCAUCGCUCUUUCAUCUCAGUCAUCCGUAUAUCUUUAUAUCUCUCAACGAGCUACGACUCCUGAGGCAACUCCCAAGAGUCUUUGCAUGCCAGAUCUGGCCAGUUAAAGAACUCCGUAUUAAUCCAUCGCCGGGUAAGAACAAAACGAAAGAAUAAUAAUUUGCUCGUAAAAAUUCCAGCUUGCGUCAAACUUAAAGCCCUUAGGUUGCGUAAAAACCUAAAUCGACCCGUGUCUGGAUUACCUACGAUGCCAAGUCUCAUGGCAAGGAUCUCGGCUCUCUGGCAUGGUCUACUGACUCCCUCCACACCUGCCAUAUGCCUGCAUCCGUGAGCCCAAGAGAUUGUUCUUAAACGCCCACGAAAUCUGUCCACCCUGUCCUAAUUAAUCCACAGGCAGGCCAACUCUUUACCCACGGGCUCCUGUCCCAUGUUAGGUUUUAAGGCCCUGCCUUGUUCUGGAUAAUAUUCCUCUGGCUAGGGGCCCAGUUAUUUUUUAAAAUCCAAGUUGAGUUUCUGCCAAAUGCUUUCGACACGCCAUAAAGUCCUUUACAGCUGCCCUUUGGAUUUACUGGGCUUUACUCGAGCCGUAAAGAGACUAGCAGAUGUAGUUACGGGUUUGCGGUCGAUAUAUUUGCGCUGUUUUGAUCUUACGGUGAACACAGUAGGACUGGCACUUGCGCCCCCCCCCCCCGUUUAUGUGUUGAAGUAAGCCAGGUGUCUAGGCAGUAGUGUUGCGUCAUAAAGCCACACGGUCCUGCUCCGUAUCAUAGCUGUUGCCUCAUUACCACCUAUUAAUACACGGUUCAUCGAUUUACCCCAAUGCCAGAGCAUUACCUCUUGAUAUCAUCCAGGUACCAGAGUAUUGCCUGGAGCGGCAAGUCAAAAGUCAGAUCUUCUCCACGGUCAAAUGAUCACUGGUUGCCACUCAUCUUAUUGUAGCCUCUGAGCUCGUGGUGGAAAUGCCAAUAACUGGGGCGGAGCAGGAGGGGGUGGAUGCUUUAAAAUAGAAUGAUCGCUGUUGGCUUGCGACAUCGCGUCUUCGGCCACAAAAGGUUACCAGCGGGGCGGGCUGCGUUGAGCCACCAAUCGGGAUUUGAACUCAUGUGACCUUCCCGGUGAGGGUCGGGUUCUUUGACCACAGCACGCAAUUCUCUGCAUAAACGUACGAGGAGACCGGCGCAUCAACAGCAGUCGCAUAUCGGCACAAUGGUGUGAAGGCGGGGGGGGGAAUGCUGAAUUCACUACUGCGGGUUAUCGCCCAGUCCUACUCGGGAGUCUUGCGUCCGCCACUCUAGAAAUGCUGCUGCGGUUUGUUUUUGUUUUGCACAAAAGUGUUACCGUAAUUUAUGAUGUACAUUUUUUUAAAUAAAGCCCCUCGCUGCUGUCUUCUCGGCGCUCGCUCUCAGUGCGACACGCAACCCGGAAGGCUCCCGAAUCGGUGCGUUGGACGUCGCCAAGAUGCUCCGUUGGAGGGGCCACACAAAUCGAGGUUACCUCGUGUUCACGCUCGACGAGAGCCGAUGAGCGACGAUCGGGGUUCAAACCUUGUCCAAGCGCCCGUUCUGCAUCUCCACGUCAAAAAAAUAUCAAACAUCGUUUAUUCCACCGGCCUCUUGAGCCUUUCGGCAAGCCUUCUUUGAAGGGACUCCUGGAAGGCCCAAAAAGUUGAUGGACUAAAAUAUAUAUUUUUUUACGUGGAUAUAUGGAGACGACGAUUCAUUAUUUAACUUAAAUUGAUUUGGCGAUGAAAGAGACUGAGCCAAAUGCAAGUCGACAAGUCGGGGAAGGCCAGACGGACGAGUGUUACAGCAGUUGUACGGGUGAAUUAUUUGCAUGUGCGUUAUUUAUUUUAAAUAUAUAUUUUUCAGACGCUUUCUUAUAUAUUCAGAGGAUUGUGAGGACACCACCACAGUAUGCGCUUCUGCAUGUCUGCGGCCGCCGCUACGCUGGCUCACUGAAUGAGGUGAAAACGACUUUGAAAAGUAGUAAAUCCACGUGUAACAAGACAAUCCGCCA